CCCAAGUGCGCCAAUGUAUUGGGUACACAGAAAGAGAAAAAAGGAAAUAUAUAUAAAAAGAGAAGAGAACAGAGGAGAGGUGUCGAUGGAUAGCUGUUUAGUAUAAACCCAGCAACAGAGUUGUUGAAAAAGCAGAUUCUUUCAAGGCCCAUUGGCGGAGUUAUCAAACCCAUCUUACAAAUUUCCUCUCUUAAAUUCACCAACCCACAUAUACUUUUCAUUUUCAUACACACUCAUCUGAACGACAAAUCUCUGCUGCAUCUCUUUCUUUUCUUCCUUUUCAGGAUUCAGAAGAUGGCAGCAACAUCAGCGGCAACCUUUUCAAUUGGAUCAGCUGUCUCCUUUGGCCCUAAAGCGAGCCAACUUCCACAGUCAAAGUCCCUUGCUGUGAGAUUCAACUCCCAGAACUCAAUUGUGAGCUUCAGCAAUCUCAAGGCAUCAACCUCUGUGAACUUCGAGUCAGAAUCAUCCUUCUUUGGCAAGGAAAGUACUAUGGCCCUCCGAGGAUCUUUUGCUACAAAAGCCCACAAAUCAAGCCAAAGGUCACAGUAUCAACUGAACCUCCAGGCAUCUUACAAAGUGGCAAUUCUUGGAGCUGCCGGAGGAAUAGGCCAACCCCUAGCACUUUUAGUUAAGAUGUCCCCGUUGGUUUCAGCCUUGCACCUUUAUGAUAUAGCAAAUGUCAAGGGAGUUGCUGCUGACCUCAGCCAUUGCAACACGCCCUCUCAAGUUCUGGAUUUUACUGGGGCUGCUGAGUUGGCCAACUGUUUGAAAGGUGUAGACAUUGUGGUUAUACCUGCUGGAGUUCCAAGAAAGCCCGGGAUGACUCGUGAUGACCUCUUCAACAUCAACGCCAACAUUGUAAAGACCUUGGUUGAGGCUGUUGCUGAUAAUUGCCCUGAUGCUUUCAUUCACAUUAUCAGCAAUCCAGUCAACUCUACAGUGCCAAUUGCUGCUGAAGUUUUGAAGCUGAAAGGUGUCUAUGAUCCAAAAAAGCUCUUUGGUGUUACUACACUUGAUGUUGUGAGGGCAAACACAUUUGUUGCUCAGAAGAAGAACCUCAAGCUCAUUGACGUGGAUGUUCCAGUUGUGGGAGGGCAUGCUGGAAUUACCAUACUCCCCCUUCUGUCCAAGACAAAACCCUCAGCCAGUUUCACUGAUGAGGAAACGCAGGAACUAACUGUGAGGAUCCAGAAUGCUGGGACAGAAGUUGUGGAAGCAAAAGCAGGUGCUGGGUCUGCUACCCUGUCGAUGGCAUAUGCAGCAGCUAGAUUUGUUGAGUCUUCUCUUCGUGCACUUGAUGGAGAUAGUGAUGUCUACGAGUGCUCAUUUGUUCAGUCCGAUCUGACCGAGCUUCCUUUCUUUGCAUCAAGGGUAAAAAUCGGAAAGAAGGGGGUUGAAGCUCUCAUUUCAUCUGACCUCCAAGGAUUGACCGAGUAUGAACAGAAGGCACUCGAAGAUUUGAAGCCAGAGCUGAAGGCUAGCAUCGAGAAGGGUAUUGCAUUUGCUCAAAAGCAACCAGUGGCUGCAUAGAGAGAAUUUGGAACUGAGUGCCCUAAUUAGAGUGAAAUGCAGGUCCAAAGAAGCUUUGUCAAAAUUGAUACUUCGUUAUAAUCAUCAUUGCGUCAGCACUUCAGUUUUGUAGAAUUUUCCUUUCUCUUUUUUUUUUUUUUUCUUUUUUAAAUUUUCAUAAAGCACUUUUUAUGAGGAGCCAUUUGGAGGCUGGAGCAAUUAUGUUAGUGUUGUAGAUUCGAAAGUGCAAUCAAUUAUCCUGAAGAGCUUGUAAUAUUUGUCUUCUUGAAUAACAUUGCCGGUGCAUCAUAUUACAGAUA